AUGGACGUUCUCAAGUCUCUCGUGCAGCCCCUCGUCGGCGGCGGCGGAGGCUCGUCGAUGAUUGACGGCGUCAAACUCGUCGUCCUCGGUGGCACCGUAGAAACAGCUCGGCGUAUGGCUAGCUCUGGAUGGUCACAUUUCAUCAACUCCUUCUUCCUCACAGCCCACUUUUCUGAAGAGGACUACCCGUACGACUGGCUGAUGCUCUGGCUCUCGCGCCGGCCUGAGUGGCAGCGCUCUCGUGAGUUUGAGACAACCACCCGCACGUCUAGCCACGGUUGGGGCUCCGGGGUCGCCGACAACUCGUUCGGUGAGGAAGAGGAGGAGGGUGAAGAAACGCCCGGAAAAGUGAAGACCCGUGUCGUCUUCCAGCCUACGACCAACACGACGCACACCAUCUACUACAAAGGUCACUGGCUUCGUGUAAAGCGUGGGAGGAAACACGAUGGCAGUGGCUGUGAGAUGCUCUCUAUUAGCGUCGUCGCUCGCAGCAAUUCCAUCCUGAAGCAGCUCGUGCUUCAAGCUAAGAAGGAGUACGAGGCCGAGGCGGUCCACAGAAUACAGAUCUAUUUCGCCGACUCGCAUGGGUGCUGGCGCUGGACAGACUCCAGACACAAGCGGCCAAUGUCGUCCAUUGUGUUGAACCCAGGUGUCAAAGAGAUGCUUCUGGCCGACACGAAAGACUUUCUCAAGUCGGAAAAGUGGUAUGCCGACCGUGGCAUCCCCUUCCGUCGAGGAUAUCUGCUGUAUGGUGUGCCGGGGUCGGGCAAGAGCUCAUUGAUCCAUGCGAUCGCGGGAGAGUUGAUGCUGGACAUCUAUGUCGUGUCUUUGUCGUCGUCGUGGAUAAACGACAGCACACUGACUACGCUGAUGGGCCGUGUGCCAGCGAGAUGCAUAGUAUUGCUAGAGGAUCUCGACGCAGCUUUCACCAGGAGCACAUCGAGAGACAAAGAGUCAACAGGUAGCCCAGACGGUAGCGAGAACAGUAGCUCGACAACAGAGACGACAGAGCCGCAGACACGUCAUAGCAGUUCUAGGCGGCAUAAGGAGCACCUGUCCGAUGUUAACACUCUCAGUCUAAGUGGCUUGUUAAAUGCGCUCGAUGGCGUUGCGGCAUCCGAGGGCCGUAUUCUGUUUGCGACCACGAACCAUCUUGAGCGACUUGACCCAGCACUGUCGCGUCCUGGUCGUAUGGACGUCUGGGUAGAGUUUAAGAAUGCGUCCAAAUGGCAAGCUGAGCUCCUGUUCCGCAACUUCUUCCCAUCGACAGAUGAAGACAACGUUGUGAUCGAGGGUGACCUUGAAGGCAUUGAGCUGCCCACGCCGCCGUCCCCGUCGGGCGAGUCGUCCUCGACGUUCUCAUCGUUAUUCUCGCUGCCAUCGACACCUACGGCGUCGCUUGGUUCGUUGUCAUCCGUGCCAUCGACGCCGGAGCGCUCGUCGCCUGCAGGAAAAGCUAGAACUGUGCGCAUGGAUGAAUCACUGAAGAACCAGGCGUACCUCCCACCCCCUGUCGACGAUGAGAUUGCACAGCAUUCGGCCAAGCCGCUCGACGGGGCUACCCUCGCUGCGUUGGCGAAGCAGUUUGCGGAUUCCAUCCCGGAUGAGGAGUUCAGCGUGGCGGCGCUGCAAGGCUAUCUGCUGAAGAACAAGUCGCGCCCCGAGGCGGCUGCGAGCGACGCGGCUGAGUGGGUGGUGAGCGAACGGGAGCUGAGGGAGCGGCUGAAGAAGGAGCGCGAGGCGCGAGAGCUCAAGGAAAAGCUAGAGCGCGAAAAGAGACGCAAGGAGCUGCUGGUCAAAGAGAAGGAAAAGGCUGAGAUGAAGAAAAAGGAGGAGGAGGAGGUGCAGCGCAGGCUCCUAGAGGAGAAGAUCCGGGCAGAGGAGCGGGCCAAGCUGGAGGCGGAGAAGGCGGUCGCGGACGCGCUUGCGGCGGCGGAGGCUGACAAGGAGAACGGCACGCCCUCCGAGGAUGGCCAGGGUAACGAGGAGAAGGACGGGCAGGACAGCGAAGGCGACGAGCAGACGCCCUCGGAGGGGCUGGUCUGGGUCGGAGUUGCUGAGGUGUCGACAUGA